GGAGGGAAGGGGGCGGGCGUUCCGUGUUUCUGGGACUGGAGGGUGGGGGGGAGACGAGGAGGGGGUCCGUCAGCCCCCUCACCCUCCCUUUCUGCCAUGCCCGGAUCAUGAGCGCCGCCCCAGAAGGGGCAGAAGGAAUGCUCUGGGCUGGGGCAUACCCUGAAGGGCCGAAACUGGAGAGGCAGAAAGACAUCGCUAGGGACCCAGACUCCAUUCAGUCCAUCCCUCCUGGUCCCACUGGCCGGGUUCGAUACACCCUAUACAACGCCCUUUCUACUCCAAGCAAUGCCCGAGAGACUUAUCUGCCUCCCUGUAUCACUGAUUUUGGCUGCUCUUCUCCGGGGUACAUUGCUGCACCUCCCAAUAUGGGCAGGGGUAUGGAGCUGCACUUACCCUAUGCCUUAGGCGGCUAUGUCCCCGGGGAGACCCGCCAGGGACCAAGUGAGCGAAAUUCCUUGGACCGUUGUGGAGACGGCCAAACUUUUGAAUGGAUGAAAAUCAAGAGGAGUCCGUCCAGAGCAGAUAAAGAAAACAAUUCACCCAACUGUGGAAGGGGAAGGUCGGGGAAGAGAACCUAUAGGAAGCUAAUGAGGCUGUGGCCGCGGCCCGCAGCGAAGCCUGGAGGGGACAGCUCUUCUGGGGAGCCUGAGGUGGCGGCGGCGGCGGCAGCAGCAGCAGCAGCGGCGGGCAGUCCCCGGACCAGCUUCUCCACUAAACAGCUGACUGAGCUGGAGAAGGAGUUUCACCUUCAGCAUUACUUGCCCAAGGCCCGCAGGGCAGAGAUGGCAUCCGCACUUCAGCUUAGCGAGACUCAGGUCAAGAUCUGGUUCCAGAACCGGAGGAUGAAGCAAAAGAAGAGGGAGAAGGAGGGACUGGGUGGGGGCUGGGUUCCCUCUGAUGCCCCUUCCCUGGUUUACUCGGACAGCACAGUGCUGUCCCUCACUCCCAUGCUCUGACUCUCUUAAGUACCACUACCCCCUCUCCAUAAGUGAUCGGGGCGUGUGUGUGUGUGUGUGUGUGUGUGUGUGUGUGUGUGUGUGUGUGUGCGCGCGCGCGCGCUCAGAGCAGGGUGUGCCUCGGUGGGCUGGAAGCCUGGAUGGCCCUGGCUUCUGUUUUUAAAAUCUCACCAAGACUACUGGGGAGGUAAGGAUAGAUUAGCCAAAUUGCUGAAAUUAAUACACCCCUGAAACAAAUAGUCCUCUCCGCCUCCUUGAUCAAGGCCGUACCCAUCCAAAUUAAGAGUUUUCUGACACCAUAGAAUAAAAAACAGUUUUGUAUUUGGCUCAGGUAGAACUGUUUUUAAAAUCCUGAAGAAUCCAAGAAUGUGUGUGUGUGUGUGUGUGUGUGUGUGUGUGUGUGUGUGUGUGUGCGCGCGCGCGCGCGCAGUGUAGGGUGAGGGGUGGGGGUGGGGAGUAGCAAUGAGAACCUUGUAAUUAAUGGAGGAAAGGAAAGUAUCUAAUCUAGGAACUGGAGCCUAAGUAUCUGUAUUCCACUAAACACAAUUAUUUGCAACAUGGCUUUCCAUUCAGCCUCUCCAAAUAUAUUGAUGCCUAGUUUGCUAUACAAAAUAUUUACUGGGUAUCCAAUCAUCUCCAUAUGAAAUGUAUUUUCUCUGAUGGUGAACCAAUGCCAGAAAAUGCCCCGGCUUAUUAUGAUGCAUGAUUUAUCAGAGGGCCUGUCUUGUGUUCACUCUCCCCAGCUUACCUUCUGCAUUCCCAGAACUGUCCAGGCUCCAGCACUGCCUCCUCCACUCCCCCCCCCCCCAAACUCCAGCUACUCUAGUUGCCUAACCUUUCUAAGAAAGAACUUGUUCACUCACUCAUAAAUAACCUCAUCACCCAGCCCCAAACUGAAGCCCCAUUAUUUAUUUUCAUGUUCCAAGAGGCUUUUCUAUGUGGCCUCUGGGCAGGAUGAAACAGACGCUACCUAUUAAGAAUUAAUUACACAGACUGCAAAUAUUGGGAUUGGAGAGAGCUGAGUGGAAGGAUUGGGAAGCUCUGGUAAUCAGGAGAAGGGUGAAUAGGACUGUUUGUUGUAAUCAUUGGCAUUAUACUUGCUUCUCUGUCACCUUUUUAUCCUAUCUCCACUCCUCAAUUUAGCCCAGGAAAUCCUUCUCCAUCAUAAUCUAGCCAAUGUAGGCUAUCACACAUAUGGCCUGGUAGUACCCAGAGUACUAUGUCUAGUACAGUUGGGAUACUGCACUAUAUCUGGGGCUCAGUGGGGACUUGAGAGCAGACAGCAGUGCCAGACUUAUUUCCACAUUUCAGAUGCAUUUCAUGGACUCUUUUUCUUGAAAAGGGACAGACAAAUCAAUUCAGUGCUUUGAAAGUCAUUUCUAAGAAAAUAUUCAAUGUAGCAGGGAAGAUGGUUAUCCACAGGCCUGAAAUAGAGAUCAAACAUCCCAAUAUCCAUGCUUCUCUGUUAGAGUUCCCUCCCUAUUCCUAUUUGGAGACCUGGGAAGCUGCUUGAAAAUUCCCUGCUGAGGAGGACCCCAAACCCAAAUCAAGGCAAUGCUGCUAAUUUGGCACAGGCGGUUCCAUUUUUUGAGCUCUGAGAUUGGGAUGUGGUGAUGUUUGCUCCUCACCCCUAUCCCUUGGUGCUGCUAAUAGAAUGUUAUGAUUUCCUAACUCUGAAAGACUAACCAGGAACGAAUUCAAAUUCUCUGCAAGGAAAAGGACAAAAGCCGUUGCAUUCCAACUUGCUCACAGAUCUGUUUUGAAAUUUUGAUUCAAAAUUGCAACCAUAAUUUCCUAAUUGGUCUAAAAUAGGCAUUUCCUAUUUGGGCCAGAUCCCCAAAUAUCCCACAGUGGUAGGUAAAGAAUACUCCAAAAGGAUUUCUUCCCCUCUUCACCAGAGUCAAACCAGUAGAGAUUUGAGAGUUUAAGAGCAGAGAUUUUCAAAAUGUAGAAAUCAUGUCUACCUCAUUUUUUUAUGACUAUCAAAAGU